AUGCAGGCUCUCCAGCUCCUGUUCAGGGCCAGCCCGGCCGCCCUGCUCCUGGUUCUAUGCUUGCAGCUGGGGAUCAGCAGCGCCCAGGAAGACACAACUAGUCGAAGGGCAGUAAUACUCAAUAUGGAGAUGCCACAGGCAGCCAGAGCCGGUGAAGAAGUCACCUUGAAGCUGAACGUUCAGACAGAAUUGAGAGAAUGCAUGGUGAUUAAAACUUAUCUCGUAAGCAGCAGGUCAAUGGAUGGCCCCUUCAACUAUAAAUACACUGCCUGCCUCUGUGAAGAUGCCCCAAGGACUUUCUACUGGGACUUCCAGAGCAACAACACUGUACGAAUUGCAGCAGUGGUUGACAUUAUCCGGGAGCUGAAUAUCUGCCCUGAAGAUCUGGCCGUGGUACCUAUUCAAGCAAAUCGGGUUUAUUCUAUGAAUACCCUGUAUAUAAAUUACUAGCAACCCUUGUGUGUCUCACAAUGCCCAUGUA